AUGUUGGAGGGCAAUCUGCAGCCGAACUUGAUUGUCUACAAUGCAGCAAUCAGCGCCUGUGGCAAGGCUGCAUGCUGGUCGCACGCGGUGUGCCUGAUCUCAGAUUUGCCACAACACAGCCUCAAUGCAGAUUUGAUAACCUACAACACCGCAAUCAGUGCACUUGGCAAUGCAGAGCUGUGGCAAGCGGCUGUGCAGAUGUUCAAUGACCUUCAGGUCAUCUCUAUGGAUCCCGAUCGCUUCAGCAAUGCCGCUGUGAUCGCUGCCUACGAUCGAGCAAGCUGCUGGCAGCAUGCAUGCGGUCUCGUUGCACAGUGGGACAAGGCCAGUCACAAAAGGGACUCGGUCAUGUACAAUGCGGCCAUCGGAGCAUGCGCUACGUGCGAGCAGUGGCAACAGUCUUUGGCUUUGAUUUCAGAGAUGAGAUUCGGGCGGCUGCCCCGGUCCAUGGCAACCUUCUUUGGAGCGCUUACUGCAUGUGCCGCGCGGGCUGUGUGGGAGCAGUCCCUGCAGCUGCUGCACGAGGCGGAGACAACCACCGCCGCGGGCAACUUGAUGUUGUGGAACACGGUCCUCCUUGCUUGCCAGCGUGGCGCGGCCUGGAGUUGUGGCUUGGCUCUCGCCCGCGCGCUCGACGCUUCCCUGGGCACAGGUUCAGCAGAUGCCAGGACGUAUGCUGAGAUUCUGAGCAGCUGUGUGCGAAGUGGACUUUGGGAGCACAGUGCAUCUAUUCUAACAGGCUGCUCGGUCAUGCGGGUAUCCUUGGAUCUUACUGCACAUUCAGAAAGCAUUGCGGCUUGUCAUCGAGCACAGCAGUGGCUACUUGCGCUCGACAUGAUGACAGGGCUGGACCAGAACUCAUUGUAUUUUGACGCGACUAUGUGCAACAUGGCCAUUAAUAUCUGUGAGACUGGCCGCCGCUGGAGUCAUGCCCUAUAUCUCUUUAAGACCGCAGAGAGGCUGUCAGUUGAUCUGGAUGUGGUGACCAUCACGUCUGUCAUCAGCGCGUGUGAGAGCUGCGGUCGCUGGCAGCUGGCUCUGAGCCUUUUCCAUCAGGUUCCAGCUAGGCGACUCGAGCCGAACGGAUGGACUUACCGGACUGUCAUUUCGGCGUGUAUUGCUGGUGAACGAACACGCUGGGCAUUCAAGCUGCUUAGGGACAUGACCCGGCAGGCUCUGGAGGGCGCUGUCAUCGCACUUAACGACGCCAUCACACAGUUUGGACAGAGCGCUCACUGGCAGCAAGCCCUGACAUGUUCAAGCAAGCUAGCGUGCCAUGGCUUGCAGUUCGACGCCGUGACCUACACUUCUCUGACGAGUUCACUUGCAAAAUCAGAUCGCUGGCGGGCGGUCUUGCAGCAGCUGGGUGCAAUGAAAGAGUUGAAGCUCGAGGUGAAUUAUGAAGUCAGGUCCACCAAUGCAGCUCUCGGCGCAUGCUCGCACUCGUGGCCGUGUGCCCUGGCUUUGUUUCAGGAUCUGAACAGGCAGCGGCUCUGCACCGCCAUCACCUAUACCAACUUGAUGACAAUCUGUGGUCGCAGCGGUCAGUGGGAGAUCGCUUUGGCGCUGCUUGUGGAUGUGGAAGGCAGAAGCCUCCAGAUGGACACUUUCAUGCUGAACGCAGCCCUUGGCAGCUGCGCCCCUGGAAGAGCUUGGCAGGUGGCGCUGCGCUUGUUCGACGGGUCGAAAGUGUCAGGUGACACGGCAACUUUCAACCAGGUGAUGCGGAGUUUGGAUGAUGAGUGGGCGAUACUGGUAGCAUUGUUGGCACGGAUGGAUGAUCGUUUGGUGAAGAAGGAUCACCGAAGCUAUGGCUUGGCUGUGAACACUCUGAUCUCCGGCUCAGAGUGGACGUGGGCCCUGGAGCUCCUCGAAGAGCUUCAGGUCAGGAAGAUGCGACCAGACAAAGGCAUCUACGAUGCGCUGAUACCGCUGGCCUUACAAUUGGGUAUCCCGGCCACCUGA